CAUUUUUUAACCUUUGCAACCUACAACCUCCUCACAUCUCAACUGAAUUAGUAAUAGUAGAUCUCUCGCCGUCGCCGCCUCCGCCUCCGCCGCCGGAAUCCCCAGCAACAACCCGCCGCCGCGAUGUCUCGCCGGUACGACAGCCGCACGACGAUCUUCUCGCCGGAGGGGCGGCUCUACCAGGUGGAGUACGCGAUGGAGGCGAUCGGGAACGCAGGGUCGGCCCUGGGCGUCCUGGCGGCCGACGGCGUGGUCCUCGUCGGCGAGAAGAAGGUCACCUCCAAGCUCCUCCAGACCUCGCGCUCCGCCGAGAAGAUGUACAAGAUCGACUCCCACCUCGCCUGCGCCGUCGCCGGGAUCAUGUCGGACGCCAACAUCCUCCUCAACACGGCGCGCCUCCACGCCCAGCGCUACGCCCUCUCCUACCAGGAGCCCAUCCCCGUCGAGCAGCUCGUCCAAUCCCUCUGCGACACCAAGCAGGGGUACACCCAGUUCGGCGGCCUCCGCCCCUUCGGCGUCUCCUUCCUCUUCGCCGGCUGGGACAAGCACCAUGGCUUCCAGCUCUACAUGAGCGACCCCUCCGGCAACUACAGCGGCUGGAAGGCCGCCGCCGUCGGGGCCAACAGCCAGGCGGCGCAGUCCAUGCUCAAGCAGGACUACCGCGACGGGAUGACACGGGAGGAGGCCGUCGCCCUCGCCCUCAAGGUGCUUAGCAAGACCAUGGAUUCGACCAGCUUGACCGCCGAGAAGCUGGAGCUCGCCGAGGUGUUCUUGCAGCCCGGCACCGGGGAGGUGCAGUACCAGGUGUGCUCGCCUGAGGCGAUGGGGAAGCUGCUCGCCAAGGCCGGCCUCUCGCAGCCGGCGCCUGAGGCUUGAUCUACUGAGAUGGUUUGCUUCUUGUUCUCGCAAUUCGGUUGGUGUUUAAUCCAUGUGAUGGUAAACAGUUGAUGAAUUUAGUAUAAAUUUUCUUUUAAGAGUUGCCAUCAGCUAUGGUUUGAAAUCAAUCCAGAUUGUUGUGUGUUAUCGUCCUAUUUCUUAUCAGCAAGAACCCUUCUUAGUGAUUAUAUGGUUAUAUUGAGUAUAUUUAUAGAGCCCAAAUACCUUGGACAUAUCCAAUUCAGUAUGCAGCUUUUGACAGAAACACAAAUGGCUAAUCUUUGUGUAUUGGGAUAUGGUGUAUUUCUCUAUCCCUAGAAUUUA